AUGCUCCAGCUUCGCAUACCCAAGAGCCAACAGCCUUUCGAUGCCAUUCCACCCGAAGGUUGCAAGAGGGCUGGGAUACUGCCAGGUUUCCCAGGCCUAGGCAGAAAAAGUCGAGAGGCAGAGGUCCGGUUCGAACCACGGAUAUUCCGGUCAGUAAAUUCGCCCUCUAACCACUUGAUCCAUAUCAACUGGCGAUGUGCAAUUAGUGACGACCUCCAAAAGGGCAUUAAUAACAUUCCAGGAACAAUAAAACCAUCACCCCCCCUCCUUUCAUCAUAUGUUGACUUUACCUCCCAGGAUGAAAGUGACGCACUCCAGUGGAGAAAAAAUUGGGGAGCUUAG